AGUCAUAAGCAAAUUUUCAAUGGAAGAAAACAGAGAUUUAUUGAAGACCUUGGAUUGGAAAGCUUUGGGGAAUGUCUCAGAUGGGCAACCUAUAAAAAAACGUCUUCCUAGAAAGGUUAGGCAGGCUCCCGAUUACUACUUUCUCCCACGUAGAUCCAUCCCCACAACUAUUGCCCUUUAUGGGGCAAUUGGGGCAGCAGGAAUUGGCGCCGGGAUGUUGGUUGAAUUAUGGAUCAACAAGAAAGUGCAAGAGGAUGGAGGCAUUAUUUGGGAGAUGGACAAGAACUAGAAACAAUUUUGGAGAGACAUGACUGUUAAUAAAGCAUGGGUAAGGCGAAAGGUGGUUCCAUUUUCAUCAGGUUGGUUUCAGCUGCUGGUACUGGGUUCUUUUAUGUGAAGCGCAAGAACCCCCGCAAACUCACAGAGAAGCUCGAGUUUCGCAAGUAUGAUCCCCGUGUUAACCGUCAUGUCCUGUUCACUGAGCAAAAGAUGAAGUGAGGGCUUCCCUUUGCAAUGGGACAAUGAGUUUUCUGGAUCUUUAAAUCUUUUUUGGAUACUGUGAUUACAAAACUUCUUUAGUUUUUUUGAGGUAUACAAAACUUCUUAAGUUCUCGAACCAGAUUGAUGGUAAUAGGUGAAAAAGCUAGUAUCUAAGUUAAAAAUGUCAGAUUUGGA